CGCCGCCGACAGGCGACAGUCGACAGCGUCCAGCGCUGCGGACGCCAUGGCGUCUCUUCUGGGACUUGGCGUGCUUCUGACGAUUACCGCCGCCAUCGCAGGAACUCCAGCACGAGAUGCUACUCCGUACAAAGUGGUGUGCUACUUCGAGAGCUGGGCGGUGUACCGGACGGGCAAGGGCAAGUACGACGUGGAGGACAUCGAUCCCUACAUCUGCACCCACUACGUCUACACGUUCGCCGGGCUCAAGAACGACCACACCAUUGUCUCGCUGGAUCCUUGGAACGACCUGUACGCUGACUACGGCAGAGGCGCUUACCUUCGCUUCACCCGGAUGAAGCAGAAGAACCCUGAGAUCAAAACCAUGCUAUCAAUCGGCGGCUGGAACGAGGGGUCCAGAAAGUACUCACAGAUGGCCUCCACAGCAGCCAAUCGCAAGAAGUUCAUCAACAGUGUGGUGAAGUUCCUCCACAAGUUCAACUUCGACGGGCUCGACCUGGACUGGGAGUACCCGACGCUGCGGGGAGGCGCGCCGGAUGACGUGGACAACUACAGCCUGCUGCUGAAGGAGCUGCACGAGCGGCUGAACCCGCUGGGUCUGCUGCUGAGCGCGGCCGUCUCGGCUGGCAAGCAGACCAUCGACCCGGCCUACCACCUCGCUGACCUGAACAAGUACCUGGACAUCGUGAACGUCAUGACGUACGACUACCACGGCGACUGGGACCCGUUCAUCGGCCAUAACUCGCCGCUCUACCUGUCGCACCUGGACGUGGAGCACGGCAACAACUUCGAGUACUUCAGCGUGAACUACUCGAUGAACUACUACCUGAGGGUCAUCGAGCCCUCGAAGCUGAUGCUGGGCAUGCCGUUCUACGGGCGCGGCUUCGUGCUGGCCAACAGCGAGCACCACACGCCGUACGACCCGUCCAAUGGGCCGAUGGCCGGCUGUCCUUACUCGGGCGAGCCCGGCUUCUGUGGCUACAACGAGCUUUGCGAGAAGAUCUUGAAGCCGACCUGGACGUACGUGAGAGACAGCGAGCAGAAGGUGAUCUACGGCUACAAAGGCAACACGUGGGUGGGCUGGGAUGACCUUCAGGCGGUCAAGCUCAAGAUGGAGUUCCUCAAGAGCCUGGGAUUGGGUGGAGCCAUGAUCUGGGCGAUCGACUCGGACGACUUCCGUGGCGUAUGCGGACCCAAGUACCCGCUGCUGAACCUGGUCUGGAGCGAGCUGAACGGCGCCGUGCCGUCGCCCAGCCCCCUGCCGACCACC